GUAAGGGGAACCAUUCAUAUUCACUCAAACAAAGUUUGGACUAUGACGGCCCCAUCCCUUGUCCUUUCCUGCCAAUCCUGACUACCAAGUACGGAGUACUACCUACGGAUACACACGCUUCCAUUCACUGCCCAUUUCGUACCUACAGUCAGCUCGGUUCCUGUCUUUCCCCAUUGAAUUCCCAUCUUCCAUCCUACUGUACCGUUUGUUUUGUCUAUCCGAUCUCUUCAGGUCUGUUUAGCCUGACUUCCAUGACCUGUCUUGACCACCCUUUGGUUUGUCCCUAUCCGUACUCUGCUCUGCUCUAUCUCUCUGCAUCUAUUCUCUCGGUCCAAAGAGUGUCCAUCUAUUGUUAGUGAGCUUGAAUCCCCCCUUCCCCCCGUCCCUUCUUUAGUUGUUUCUCCUUCCCCAGAACCCCUCCCUCCGUCAUCCAGAUACCUACCCUAGAACCAGUAUCUGCACCUACCUAAGGUACUCGCUUUUGCUCUCUCUUUCUCUCUCUUUCUCCUAAUCCUGUGUGCCCCCUUCGAAGCCAAGACGACCCAGGGCGCACACGACUCCUGCAAACUACUGCACACUGGCGUCUGUAGCUGACGAGCGGCAAUUGUUCCCCUCGCUUCGCUUCCUCAACCUCAACCUCAACUCGUCGUCACUUCGCACCUGCUUUUCUACAUACUUUUGUUAAUUACUUACAUUUUGUAUCUUCAUUUGCCAGUACCAUUCCCAUCUCACUGUGGCGUUUCAAAGCAGCUUCCUUAGCCCUUUCUCACCAGCUUCUGUGCUAUGUUCUAGACCUCCCCACACCACUUCCGGAAUCCAAGCCGCCAUCCGACCAUCUCAUUCUCUGUCUCUUUCGUCCGCUCAUCUAUCCAUCCGAGACUACCUACCUUACUACACGAGACACACACACACACCCUCACACUCACGCACAAACGUAUGUACACUCAGUCUCACACCCUCUAUCUCAGGCCCCAUCUUAGUAAGCCCCGGCCGCUAUUGCUUGUUGUUGCACUUCCACCUUCCUUCCCCACCUCCGACUUUCAUCUCUGCCGCCUCUUUUUCGAAGCCGCCGUUUGCAGUCGAAUUCAAACCGAGCGGGAAUCUCUAUACCUGCGCCCCAAUAUUCUAUUUUCCUUCGCCUUGCCCGGUGCUCCAGUUCCUCGUUAUCUAGGUAGCUUCCUGGCCCUGUUUGCGCCUUGGUCAAGCCUAGCCAGCCCCAGCCGCCGUUGUCGCUUCUACCCAUUGCCACUGCCACUACCACUGCUUGUAGCUGCCGCUAUUCUUCCCGCACGAAAUUGGGAAGGCGUGUGAGCUAACGGACCAAAACAAGAAGAAGAAUAAUAAGAAAAAGGGCGCUUGAGCCUUUUCUUCAUCCCCCAGUGCCGAACUGCGCCUCGACUGCUCAAAAUUAGAGCACAUUCCCAAGCGAAGCGUCCAUCCGGAGACGGGUCCUUACUCCGGCGGUCCAGAACGCACGCCUUCCACGCAGACAAGGCGCCGCGCCAUGCUCUGCUCCGCCUUCUACUCCCCCACGAUUUUCUAACAUUCUGCCGCCGCCAUCGCCGCUCGUGACGUCUUUGUCACUGCCUGACUGCUCACACCGACAAACCUCUUUCCAACUACUCCGGCUCCGUGGGCACCUGUCGACGAGGGCUGCAACUUCAUCACCCACCGGGCGGCCGAACUUCUACUCUGUAAACCUAACCUAACCUAUACCACGCUCCUACACCGAGGUUCACCUGCGAGCCGUAGCUUCCCAUGCGUGGGCCACCGCCGAAAUGCCACCUCCCGAACCUGUUAUCACCAGCAGUCAUGCCCGAGACAGCGGUCCAGUAGUUUCGCCUCUCAAAACUGCCGUACCAUCCAACAAACCCAGUCCCCCGGAAUCACGGCCUUCUACCGGAGAGAGCGGUUUCAAUUUUGAUGCAUCGCCAUCACCACCCGAGGAAUUUGGACGUACCCACAGCGAUGGCGCCCCGAGUACGACCAGCAGCGGCCGCUUCUUUCGCGAGAACUUCAAGAUGGGAUCUGGUGAAGGCAAGCGGUCACAUUCAGCCAGUCCCUUUCGCAUAUCCAUGCCUUUUAUCACACCCGGCCAGCUCGCAUUCUCCGCCAUGCAAUAUUUGCCAGUUCCGAUACUGAUCUUGAACAACCUCAAGACUGUGGUUCUUGCCAACGAAGCCAUGGGGAGGAUGCUUGGUAUGACAAACGAUGUGGCCGAAGACAACUCGUACAUUGCCGAGAGGCUGAGAGGGCAGUCCUUAUCUCAGGUUGGUAUCGACAUGAUUCAGGAAGGUCGUCCAGUUUGGGUAGGAUGGGAAGCGUUUUUGGAUUCUCUUGUUCUCGAAAUGGGCGCGAAUCAGACGUCAAAGGAUGCCGCGGACAUGUUUGCCCAAGGACAAGGUGGAGAGGCGACGCCGACCCCGGAUUCGCUCGCCCCGCCAUUACCGGACCAUCCAACGGGUCCAUGUAUGGUUAAAGAUGCCGUGGUGGAUGUUGUCAUCUCCCGCAAGGAGUUGGGGAAGCCGGGCUUCGACCCCCGGGCCAAGGGCUGGGGAUCGGAUCAUCAAGUUUACGCCAAAAUGAUUGUUACGAUAUGGGAGAUUGAGGACCACCAAGUUUACUUCACCCUAACUUUCACCAGCACAAGCUCCCCGCCUUCCCAGCCAGUCAUGAGCCGCAAACCGGUCGCGCGACCCAACAUGCUGGAACAAGCAGACCGCAAGACGAUUUCCAAUUCGAACCCACCCUCCGUAAGUUCCAGCCACGACUCGAGUUCACCGUCUUUCCGCGUAAGCCCGAGCGCUGUGUCACUCUCAUCGAGUCCGUUCCCACCCAUGGGUCCACCUUCCACCGCCGUACAUGCGAGCUCGCCCUCGAUUCUACAGAAGAUGAUUCUGAUGAAAGAUGCUUUGCUCGAUAAUACGGAAAUGCCCAUCCUUGCGAUGUGGAAGGAUGGAAGCGUGACGUUUCCGAAUCGCGCCGCUCGAAAACUACUACGGCAAGAAAGCGACCUGGAGAAAUCAUCAGACGGUUUCGAUUUGCUGCCAAGUUGGACGGUCUGGGACCAGGACUUUGAGACAGAGUUGGAUGUGAGCGAGUAUCCCAUUUCGGUUCUGCUCAGAACGGAGACGCCUUUCAACAACUUGCGUGUUGGUAUGAUUGACCAUUCGAAUAACAAGAUUGUCUACGAUGUACUCGGGGAGGCAAUCCGAGAUGACAGCACCGGCGAGUUCAUGGCCGGCGUAGUCACCUUUAGAGAUAUCACCAAGAUGAAGGAAGAGAUUGUCGAGAUCAAGGAAAAGGACGAGGAGCGCUUCAAGCUGAUAUGCGACACAAUGCCUCAGCUGGUGUGGACGACAAAACCAGAUGGUUAUCACGAUUUUUUCAACACACGGUGGUAUUCGUACACGGGACUCACUCCCGAGGAGUCAAUGGGCUUGGGAUGGAAGCAUCCAUUCCAUCCGGACGAUAUUCCGGAAACUGCUAGGCGCUGGAAGCACUCUCUGGAAACUGGCACCCCUUAUGUGACGGAGUACCGUUGCCGCAGCAAGACUGGCGAAUGGAGAUGGAUGUUGGGACGAGCCUUGCCGCAGAGAAACAAAGAGACAGGCGAGAUAGAAAAGUGGUUUGGAACUUGCACUGACGUCAACGAAAGCAUCGAGGCCAAGCUGGCUGCGAGGAGCACCCGACAACAGUUGUUGAGCGUUCUCGCGCAUUCCCAAGUCACCAUCUUCACCGUCGACACUAACCUGAACCUUACCAUGUUGGAAGGUGCGCUGAUGUGGGACAGCAACGGGGAUGACAAUGCCGCAAACCAACCAACUUGGUUCCUCGGCCAAAACAUGUACGAGGUCUUCAACCGACUCAACCCUCAGCUCAAGACUGGCGAACGCCCCAAAUUCCUCCGCCCCGUCGAAGAUAUCUUGGCAGGCGGAAAGACGGAAGAGGUGGCGGAGCACGGCAUGGAUGGACACUGGUACCGGACGAGAUUCUUGCCCAUUCUCGGCAAGAAGACGAAGGAGGCCAUUGUGAGCAACGAGACACGGAUUGAAGGCGUCAUUGGCGUCAUUAUGGACGUGAGUGAGCUCAAGGAAAAGGCUGAAGAUCUGGAAGAGGAAUCUCGGGAGAAGAAGCAGGCGAUGGCGAAUGAGGCGGCCGCAAAGGAAGCCAACAGGCUCAAGAGCCAGUUUCUCGCCAACAUGUCUCACGAGAUCCGAACGCCCAUUACUGGUGUCAUCGGAAUGGCCGAGUUGCUGAGGGAUAUGGAACUUGACGCCGAACAGACCGAAUACGUCGAAAAUAUUCAGAGGUCGGCCAAUGCUCUCUUGACGGUCAUCAAUGAUAUCCUCGAUUUCUCAAAGGUCGAAUCCGGACGUCUCGAUAUCGAAGAAGUCCAGUUCUCCCUCUCAGUCAUUGUCACGGAUGUCAGCAAGAUGCUGAGCUUUGCUGCGGAGCGAAAGAACCUGGACUUCCGAUCCGACAUAUCGAAAGAAAUCGAGAGGGAUCUGGUUGUCAUUGGUGACCCCGGUCGUGUACGCCAGAUCAUUACGAAUCUUUUGACCAACAGUAUCAAAUUCACCAACCAAGGUUACGUCAAGUUCUCAGUGCAGAAGGAGAAGGAGACGUCGGAUAGCAUUGUCGUCAAAUUCAUCGUUGAGGACAGCGGUAUCGGAAUCGAGGAGGAGGUGCGGAAGAAGCUGUUCCAACCCUUCAGUCAGGGAGAUGCCUCCACAGCGAGAAAAUUUGGUGGCACAGGCUUGGGUCUGACGAUUUGCAAGAACCUUCUCGAGUUGAUGCAUGGAGAAAUGACGCUGGAAUCCGCCCUGGGCAACGGAACAGUGGCAACAUUCUGGGUUCCCUUCAGCAAACCCCAAAACCAAACGGCGCCGCUUGUCGAAAUCGGUUCUCUUCCGGACAGGCUACAGUCUGAAAUGAGCGUGUCUUGCCACAGUUCCGAAUUUGAACAGAUUCUGAACACGCCGCCCGCCUCUGGAGAGUCCUCGCAAUUCCUGACCGACAAACACAAGUCUCCAUCACGACGACUCUCGGUACGGACACCGCCGGCUUCAGACGAGGAGUUGUUGCCACAUGCUGAACGUGCCAAAAUCCGCGUUCUUGUCGUCGAGGAUAAUGCGAUUAACCAGCAAAUUGCAACCAAGACAAUUAUGAAACUUGGCUUUACGGUGACAGCAGCAUGGAAUGGAAAAGACGCCCUCGAAUACAUGUCGGCAGCCCAACAAGGCAAGCACAGCAAGCCAGAUAUCAUAUUGAUGGACGUGCAAAUGCCAGUCAUUGACGGCUACAAGUGUACGCAUCUCUUGCGCCAUCACCUACCGUACAAGACCUACGUACAGGAUGUACCGAUUGUGGCGAUGACGGCAUCGGCGAUUCAAGGCGACAAGGAGAAGUGCACCCGAGCAGGAAUGGACGAUUAUCUCGCCAAGCCAGUCAAGAGCAAGACGUUGGAGAGGAUGCUUGUCCGAUGGAGCUUGAUGAAGAGGUCGCAACAGACAACAUACAGGGAGUCAGAUGGGUCCAUGUCUGAUUGCUCAGACACCGCUGCGCACUGCAGCAACGCCGACAUCCCCGGCGUAGCACAUGACCAUCCAGAUCCUACGCCUCCCGACUCAACAGAAGCCGUGGCGCCUUCGAGCCGCAAACGAGAGCAAAGCCAGGAGACGGAUCGUGAAAGUCGGGGCGAUCCGGUGACACCCAGGCCGCUCACCAGGAACAACUCUUAUGAGCCGUCACCAUUCGAUUCUCCAAAUGUGGCAGAAUCCAUCAAGCCAAUAAGGCGUUCCGAGACUGAUGAGCUUGCUUUGCAAGCACAGCAGGGCAAGCUGAUGGAGGCCGCCGGCGGAAAGAAGCUUCCGCGACGGGGAGAAUCCUUCCAGACGGUGGUGGCCGGGGAUUCCUUGACGGAGGAAAACGUGGAAAAGUUGGAAAAGGAGGAACACAAGCGGAGGUCAUAGACAUUAGGGAGUUCUCACAGCAUCCUACUUUUUUUCCCAAGUGCUCACCUUGGGGGAAGACAUUUACUACCACACAGCGAGGUGCAUGGCGCCAGGUCACUGUAUUUAUGCUUACAAACGUAACAUGCAAGCGGGUUGUACAUAUGGAAGCAGAGAAAUCGGGAAGGACGAAAGAUUGGGGAGGGAGAGGGGAACGCGAACAGGUCAUGUUGCAUCUUGGCAUUUCGAUCGGC